AACCAUUUAUCUCUUGAGACACUGUUGACUUUCGGCGAGAAAAAAUGUUGUGCCCGGAACUGUGGAAGUUUCCUACUCCUAACUAUACGGUCGAACGAAUCGUGAGUCCCAGCUGGAACAAGAUGAAAAACAUGGGCAAAAUGCGGAAGGAGUUGGAAACAUAUCCACUGAAGCGCAUGGUUUCAGUUGUGAUCCCUGCCAAUGAACCGCAAUGUUUGGUUGGAUUGGAAGCCGAUUUUUCUGUUGAUAGUUGCACGCUUUACCGUGUCCGCCAGUUUCCCGUAAUGGAGUUGCUGAAAAAGGAAUUUAUUGAUGCAUUUAUUAAGCGUGGCACCCUUUAUGCGGUUAGCACAAAUGCGAAAAUCGAAUGUGAAGAUUGUGCUGCAAUUACGCCUUCUGGUGAAUUGAUUAUGAGCUUACACCGUGAAACGAAACAGAAGUUACAGGGCAGUUUUCACACCAAUGUACAGUCGCGCAAUGGAGAAAAAUGCGUCAUCAAAAUCGAUUUAAAAUCAGAAAAUGCAAGAGAACAAUUAAAAGAAGCAAUGAUUACAUUCGACAUAACGUUACGUUGGGUUCCACCGGACAACAAUUACACCAAUGCCAACACCGGUAUGGGUGGUAAAGUAUGUGGUAGCUCGAUUGCAAAAUAUUUGCGCGAUAUUCGCAAACUGAACGUUGAGAAUGUGGCUGCUGGCUGUAAAAAGGUGAUGCGGUAUAACGAACCGAUUCCAGCGAUGAAAGUGAACAAUCUUUCCUCGGAUGAGACUGGCGAAACAACGUCCACAAACGAUGAAUUACUGGAGUACAUUGGUAUGCUGGCGCUGGAUUGUACUACAAUGCCCAUUGAAUAUGUUAGUAGCUACAUGGUAGAUGAACCGCAACAGACACAUGAUACCGUAUCGACCUUUCACCGCGAUGGGCUCAUAACGGCGGACGAGAUUGAACGCAGCAUUAUGCGUUUAGUGGACUUAGCGGAAGAAUGUCAUAAUAUUCCAUGGGUAGGAUUGCAUGUUCAAGGCUUUUCUAAUGUACCUUUAAAUAUAGCGAGUCAAGGUGAAAAUGGCAUUUAUUGGGACUACGAUAGUGCGUACACAAUCGUAAUUACGAAACAGAAUCUUUUGUGGAGUAAAACUUUCGGAACAGGAUGGUAAAUAGUUACAUAUAAGCUUCUUAAAAGUUUCAGUACAUGUGUCUUAAUACAGUGGAAAAAUGCGACAAAACUUUUACUGUUAAAUUUAGAAACGAAUGGUAGGGGAAUCGUUUUAUGAUGUAUCAGGAUCAUCAAGCGCAGGAUGUAUAGGAUGUUUUUUGGCGAAUUACUUUCAAUCUUACGUUUUAUAACUAGCAUCAAACUAUUUACAUGUAAGAUAUUUGAAUUGAGUAAGCUUUAAACAAUAAAAAACAAUCUUUAAACAAAUAAAAAAAGACUUUGCUAACUUCUCUCGCUACGAUGCAGCUGCGCACACGCAUCUAGGUUCGUGUACGAAUUCCGAAUGAUAAUUGCGCGCUCACCCGAUCCUACGGUCGGCGCCCCUUCGGUCGCUCACGCACUUCGUAACACGCACACAUCUGCCUAUGGCCAAUUCCUGUCAUAGCUGAGUGACUGUCAGGGCGUAGUUCAUCAGGUCGGACCAGAAUGGUGCUAUCUCUUCAACAAUGCUUUCUCCAGUUCCAGUGUCCUUUGUAAUAAAGCAGUUAAAAAAGGUUUUGAAAACUUUUUUAUAUUAAGUAUCUAUGCCACAAGAGUGGAGAACUACGUUCGUUUUAACUUCGAGCCUUUUCAUGGUGAAUCGCAACCUGAAACGAUCUUAUUUUGUGUAAAAGAAAAAACACCUUAAGUUCCAGAU